AUGGUAGAGAAAGAGAAUAUUCUAAUGCAGAGAUAUGAGAUGGGAAAGUUACUUGGAAAAGGGAGUUUUGCCAAAGUUUACCAUGCUCGCAAUGUUAAGACUUCAGAAAGUGUUGCUAUCAAGGUGAUUGACAAAGAUAAGAUCUUGAAGUGUGGCCUUAUGGAUCAAAUAAUUCGAGAGAUUUCAGUGAUGAAAUUGGUAAAACAUCCAAACAUUGUCCAAUUGUAUGAGGUGAUGGCUACCAAAACAAAGAUAUAUUUUGUGAUAGAGUAUGUCAAGGGAGGAGAGUUGUUCAACAAGAUUCAAUGCGGAAGGUUAAAAGAAGAUGUUGCUCGUACAUAUUUCCAACAAUUGAUUAGUGCUAUUGACUUUUGCCACAAUAGACAAGUUUAUCAUCGUGAUCUAAAACCCGAAAAUCUUCUUCUUGACGGAAGUCGCAACUUAAAGAUCUCAGACUUUGGUUUGAGUGCACUUCCGGACUGCAAGAGAAAAGAUGGGUUACUCCACACCAUAUGUGGGACUCCUGCAUAUGUUGCUCCAGAAAUAAUUAAUAGAAAAGGGUAUGAUGGUGCAAAAGCUGACAUAUGGGCUUGUGGAGUGAUCCUCUAUGUGUUGUUGGCAGGCUAUCUUCCUUUCCAAGACAAGAACUUGAUCGACAUGUAUAAGAAAAUUUGCAAAGCAGAACUCAGAUGGCCAAGUUGGUUUUCUUCAGAUGUCCGAAAGCUUUUGCGGCGUAUCCUUCAUCCAAACCCUAAUAGACGAAUCUCUAUUGAAGAAAUAAUGAAACAUCCUUGGUUUAGAAUUGGUCUUGAUGCAAGAUUGUUUGAUUCUACUAUGAAUACAACAAGAGAUGAUAUGCCUAUUGACGUGGAUUUGACUUUGGAUUCCUUAAAUAGCAAUAUAGUUGAGUGUAAUUCAGCUGCAGAGAAACUUACUAAUUUGAAUGCUUUUGAUAUCAUCUCUCUUUCCAAUGGGUUUGAUCUCUCAGGUAUUUUUGAGAAUAACUCAAACAAGGAGGAGUCUAAAUUUACAUCUACCAACACAUCUUCUACAAUUGUCACAAAGCUCAUGGAAGUUGCAAAGAGUUUAGGACUGGAGGUUAUAAAGAAAAAUGGUGGAUUAUUGAAGAUGGAAGUUUCCAAAUCCAGAAUAAAAGGUGUGAUGUCCAUAAAUGUUGAGAUAUUUCAAAUCACACCAAAUUUUCAUGUAGUGGAGAUUAAGAAAACCAACGGUGGUAGCCUUGAGUUUCAAAAUUUUAUGAACCAAGAUAUGAGACCAGCACUGAAAGACAUUGUGUGGGCUUGGCUAGGUGAAUAA